AUGAAGGUUAACCGCUCGUACAUUGCCAGCGAAGACGACGGCAAGAUAAACUGGGCACCAAAUGGAGCUGCAUCAUAUUCCGUUGUGAAUAAGGAUGAGCUGAAUGACUUUGGAGAGGCGCCCGGUUACUCCAUAACCCCAAAGUCUGGAGAUAGCGGCAGCACUGCGCAUCUGACUGUCAAGUCAUCUUCAGCCCUCGGUCAAGCCGCCAAUUGGGCCAACCAUAACCUCUACGCCCUGCAGCACCACGACACUGAGCCCAAGAGCGCAUACGCCUUCAAUAGCCACGACCUGCAGCACCCAGCUGUAGACUUUAACAAGUUUUUCGACGGAGAGAGCCUGGACCAGGAAGAUAUCGUUCUAUAUUUUAAUCUGGGCAUGCACCACCUCCCCAACACAGCCGACCUACCCAACACUGUAACUACAAAGGCUGUCUCUUCCAUGAUGAUCUCUCCGCAGAAUUAUUUUGCCGGUGACGUAUCACGACGAACAGUGCAUCAAGUCCGAAUGUCCUUUGACAAGAGCUCCAAUGUCACCGAGGUCAAGAGGUUCGGUGUAAAGCAGCCUACCUGCGCCGUUGAUAUGAAAAGUGUGGCACCAGAUUUAAGCAAGUUUGUCGGGGAGAUUGAGAUUCCCAAGUUUCCCUGGAAUCCAAGCGGUAGUCUGCAGACAAACCCUGGUGGCUAA